AUAACCUGUUGCAUUUGCUAGGAAAGGCCACCAUAUGUACAGAGCAGAGACGAGUUGAGGAGCCAACUCCCUGAAAGCUAUGCUACACAGAAAAAGCUCAUUUAUGAAGUUCUCCAAGUUUUGGUGGGUCACUGCAUAAGCUUUUGGCAACUUAAGGCAGGAGAGAGAGAAGGCCAAGCUUGUUUGCUUUGCCUGGGCUAUUCCAGGGAUGGCUUCACUAUUCCAGCACCUGUGGGUGCUGCUGUGGAAGAACUGGCUAAGUGUCAAAAGGCAACCAGUUUGGUCGCUCACUUUAAUUUCAUGGCCUGUGUUUUUAUUCAUCCUUAUGGCCCUCAUCCGAAUCAGAUUUCCUCCAGAAGCCCAGCCAAACUGUUAUCUCGCCCCCCGGAACCUCCCUAGUGCAGGAUUUUUCCCAUUUCUUCAAACUGUGCUUUGUAGCUCAGAUGCCAGAUGCAAAAGCACACCGUAUACACCUGAAGACCUGCUACCCAAACUAAAUGGUAUAUCAUCCAUAAACAGAAAAUGGAGAAGGUCAGCUAACCCGGAGAAGGACAGCAAUCCAUCAUCCCAGAGUGCUGAUGUUCCCAAAAGCAAGAAUGGUUCAUUGGAGUUAACUGAUUCAGCAGCCAAUCUGAAAAGCAUUGUUGAAAAUAUUUCAUCAGCCAGCCAUGCCAGAAUUCACUUGCUCAACAAGAUUCUCAGUCUGGGAGAGAUGCAGAUGCACAAAUCUUCUGGUGCAAACCUUAAAGCUGCUAUCUGUGAGGUCAUGGCAGCCAAUGCAUCUUCGCAGAAUCUUCUUAAGGAAAUAUUUGGAACAAACAUCUAUCAGACAUUUUGCUUCACUAACUUUUCCCUAAUGGAGUCAUUGUUUCAGGAAUUCAAAAGUCAGAUUCCUACAUUGCAGCAAGAUCCUCAGGCCCAGGUGGCUUUUGUCAAGGAAACCGUUUCAUUCUUAUCACUCAUCUCCCAAGUGCAGAAUGAAACUUCUGUAUGGCGCAUCCUCCUGAUGGCCCCAGACAUCACUCAAGGUGUCAUCAGUUUGAAGGAUAUGGUUGCUGUCCUUCAGAAUACAAGCAGAAAAAUAUCUCCAGAUUUUGCUGGUGAAUACUUCAAAAUGGGCCAUCUUUCAAAAGAUCUGGAAACUAUUAAGAAGUCGCUACAUCUUUUCAAAGAUUUGUCAGAGAAAUUUAGUAUUACUGAACUGAAGAACCUAUUUAAGCAAUCUGAGAACAACAGUAUAGUGAACUUGGCUGAAAUCCUACAGUGGCAAAUGGAGACUGACAGGGACAGUAAAUUAACAGAUGCAUUUAGUAAGGAAGAAAUCAACCAGAUCUACAACUUCACAUCUCUCCUACUUCAAAAUGGCUUCAGUGGGUUGACCUUGUUUGAUAUAAUGGCCUGGUUGAAAGAAACUGAAAAUGUUCACAACUUAACUAGAAGCAUUUGGAAUCUACUAUUUUUAAAUAAGACUAAUAUUAAGGCCACAAAGACAUGGCAUACCAUUAAAAUGAUAUCUUCUCACAAAUUUUCUUACACGCCUGAAAAGCUUAGAAGAUACUUAACUUCAGUGCAAGAAGUUCAAUCAUUGUUUGCAAAUUCUCUGCUUAAACCUAUUACUAUUGACAGAUUUCUUGAGAAUCUCUUGACACUCCAGAAAAUCUUUGAUAUUAUCACAAAUGUUAACACAAGUCACAAUUACUUACUGAUCUCCUUCUGUACUGAUAUGAUGCAGAAAACCCAAAAUUCCAUAAAUGAAUCUCUGUGGAAUGAAUUAAAUCAUUACUGGCGCAUUACUGAAAAACUCAGGUCUGCAAAAUGGAGUGAUGUAGACAUCAUUGCCUAUGGGCAGGUUUUAGAUAUAUUGCACAACAAUCUAUAUGUCCGUCGCAAUGGCUCAGGCUUUCCUUUGAAAAAGGAACUUGAGCAACUGACCAAAUUUGUGAACCACUUACUGGAACAUUAUAGUAAAGAAAGCAUCAGUGGGGCAAAUGUUUCAAUGGUUUUAGAUGUCAUCCUGAAAACUCUACAUGUGUUAGAAGACCUAGAGGAAAAGUAUAUUAGUAAAUUAAUUACUGUCAAUCCUCUAAUAGAUGCCAAUAAUGAAACUAUCCAGAGAUUGUUUCAAAUAUACAAGGAAGGGGUCGAUAUACUUUCUGAUCCUAGGUUGACAGAAGCAUCUAGUAUAAAAAAAAUUGAAUCUCUCUUCAGUUUUUCACACAUGUUACUUUUGCAGGAGUUGUAUAUGACUCAGAUGUGGCAUAAUUCUUCAAGAGAAGCAAAGAUGUUGGACCUUUUGUAUUUAAUAUUGACCCCUUUUCUAAGGGAAGAUAAUCAGGGUAAUGAAAGGCUGCAGAACUGCACUGUCAAAGAUGUUCAUCUCAUUGCUGUUGAAGUGUUGUUCACUAAUGCCACACUAAAGAAGGCCUUAAGAGGAAGCAGCUGCCAUUUCCUUUUUACUUCCAUGGACUUGGAAAACCAAACACCUCAACAUCAUACAUUUACUGAAUUGUGGCAGCUUGCAAUAAGAAAUUUAAAAUUGAUGCCAACUUUUAAUACACUUCAGAAAGACAAAAGGCAAUACUUUUCAGAUGAAUUUCACUGCCUCAUUAAAUCAUUACAAUUUUCAUCAGAGUUUCUCUCCAAACUGAACAAUUUCCAUAACUACAAGAAUCCCUGGAUAGAAAAGUUGCAUGAAAGUCUAACAACCAUCUCGAAACAAUUUCCCCAAAGUAAUCUGACCUGCCAAGCUCCAUUGUUUGGCGGUAUGGCUGUUAUAAAUGAAUCUUCUGCUUUGCACAUUUUGAGUCCUUUUAUGCUGAAUGAAACAGAAGCCUAUGCACAAAAUGUAUCUGGCAGUGCAUUGCAAUCACUUGCAUCUUUUAUUUUGUUCCACAGUGAGCCCCAGAAGAAUGCAAAUGGAUCAAAAAUCUUAGAAGUGAGCAAGAACGCUGCAAACCAACCAAAAUGGAAGAACUUCUCAAAGGUCUCGAGGGAGGUUGCAAAUAUUUUGAGCUCUAAUCAGAAUGUGACAAAUGCUAACCAGUAUGUUCGACUAUUAGAAAUGACCAGAAAAGCUCUAAUUCUUGUUGGCAUGGAAUUAGCACCCAAUAAAACAGAAACACAUCGGCUCCUUGAGACCUUAAUUUGGGGGAUGAAAGCUUUCUAUUUAGAAGAGGUACUUGGUUCAGCAAAAUUAUUCUUCAGUGACACAGAUUACAAACCUUAUUUAGAAAAAGUUUUUAAUACUUCCUCUCCACCUAUUGAUGUUCUUGCUCAAAGCCUUGUCUACCUUAAUCCUCACUGGGAAGAAACUGAAGAGGUAUUAAAUUUAAGUGGAAUUAUUUGGAAUCAGUUGUUUUUAAAUGACACCAAUGUUAAAUUAGCAACAAUAUGGAGAGCUAUCAAAGAGAUGAUGUCUGUGGCAAAUCUGCUGUUUCCCAAGGAUGUGCAGCAGGAUUUUGAUGCAACACAUGAAAUUCCAUCACAGUUUUCAAAUUUUCUGCUUAAAUCUACAACCACAAAACAAGUUUUGGAGUACCUCUUAGUACUUCAGAAUAACUACAAUAUUACAAAAAAUAUGAUCAUGAGUCAUAACUACCCCUUGAUGAUAUACCUUUCAGUUAUAAUGCAGCGAAUCCAAAAUAUCCCAAAUGUUUCUGCACAGGAUGAUGGUUCUGGUCUUCAUUUCAAUGUGGAACUGGAGGAGCUGACCAGACUUUUAUCCCAUGUUAUGCAAAAAUAUGCUGAGGGAGACUCGCAAAGCAGCAACAUCUCAGAAGUAAUUGGUCCUGUCCUCAGGAAUCUGUUGUUUCAAGAAGGCAUUGGACACCGAUUUAACAUCAGCCAAUUAGAAACAGCGCCUCCAUUGGCCUAUGACAGCAGUGAAACGAUCCAGAGACUAUAUGACAUAUUGAGGCAAGGAACAAAAAUACUUUCUGACACCAGAUUGGAAGAAGAAACUGAUAAAGAAAAAAUUGCUGCAGUGUAUGGUUUUUCACACUUUAUCUUUCAAAAGUUUAAUGGGUCUUUGUUAAGAUUUAGUACUUCAGCAGAAACAAAGAUAGUGGAUGUCUUGUAUUCAUCUCUGAGUCUUUUCUUAGAUAUUGGGAGCCAUAGACUUGCAAAGCCACAUAACUGCAGUGCCCAAGAUGUAUUUCAUGUAAUACUUCAGACUUUGUUUAAAAACGCCACCUUCCAUGAGUCCUUGAAACAAAGCCAUUGUGAACUACUUUUCACUUCCAGGGAUUUUGAAAACAGAACAAUGCCCAAUCAAACAUUUACUGAAUUGUUCCAGUAUUCAAUAAGAAACUUAGAGCAGACUCCAGAAUUAGCAAGUCUUUACAAAAACAGUAACAAAUAUUUUUCAAGUGUAUUGUUAUGCAUCAUCAAAUCACUACAGUUUUCUUCAAGUGUGCUUUCAAAAAUGGACAUCCUUUUCAAUUUUAGACAUCCUUGGAUACAGGACAUUUAUAAGAUUCUAGCAACAAUCUCUAAAGAGCUACCCACAAGUAAUCCAGCUUGCCCAAUUCCAGUUCUUAGUGAUACAAAUAAUAUAUUCAGUUAUGAUCUUUUAAAUGUUGCCCCUCUUUUCUUUGCCAAUGAAAGACAGUCUUAUUCACAAAAUUUCACUGACGGUUUAGCUGAUUGGCAUAGUUUGUCAAUGUUCUUCAGGCUACUGCUGGAUAAUGUUCAUCCAAAUGCUCCCAUGAAUGAAGCUGUACAGAUGACUGAGGAAGGUAUUCCCAGCCUAUCUGGAUGGAAUACAUUUUCUCAAGUCUGGCGCAUGGUGUCCAAAUGGAAUUUUACAGAAGCUAAGUAUGCAAAACGUGGCUUGAAACUAGUGGAAAAAGUUCUGGUUCAAAAUGAGGCAACUCCAGAAACAUUUGAUGCCAGUGUUUUUAAAAAAGUUAUGUUUUGGGAUUUGCUGAAGGAGCUAAAAGCAGAUGAAAAUCCACAUUUUAUUCAAAACAGAACCAAUCUGGAAUAUCAAUUUGACCAUGUUGCACAUCCUUUUGUCAUGAUGGCUGAAACACUUUUCAAUAAAAUUCUGCUUCAGAAUGAAUGGGGACAAACGCCAUCUCCAAACAAUUUGAUUGGACAGUUUCUAUUUUCAGAAUUUGAAAAUGUCUUCCUACAGAUGUUACCUAAUAAUGUCUUCAGAGCUUACUUGAUUUGUAUAAUGAAUGUAUCCAAAAGGCUAGAGAGUGAAUUAUCAGAAAAUUCUACUUUUCCUCCAAACAUUGCACAGUUGAAAAGAAUUCUUCUCACUCCCCGUGAUACCUACAAGAAAUAUUCAUCAGUUCCAGAGAUCCUGAUGUUUAGACUAACUCGUCUCCAAAACUUGGCAUCACUUCUUUGUGACUACGAGAGUGUCAGAUCAUUGCAGCAAACCUGCCAACUCCCUGAUGUUGGUUUUGCAGAGUUGUGUGAUCAAAGUGAGUUCCACAACAACCUUCUUCGUGGUGUAGAACCAAGUGAUUGGAUUGUGACUUAUUUUAGGAACCAUAGAAGUGUGUCUGGAGAAUUUAGAGAAACAGUCAUAGGGGAUCCCAGGAAACUGCAGCAACAAAUGAACUGGUUACAAGAAAAUGUGCUGCUGUUUAAAUGUAUCCGUGAUAUCCCUCAGUAUAUGGUGUCUUUGAAAUCUAUAGUGAAUAUCACUCAGAAUGGAGUGCCUUCCAGAAAGCAAGACAUGCUAAUAGAUCUUUUCAGAAACGUUGACCACCUCAAGAACGAUCUCAGAAACACAGUAGGAAUGUCAACAGAAAGUAUCAAUGCUUUGAUGGAAGUGCCUCUUACCGAAAACAUAACACAGCUGAUUUUUCAGAUACUCCAGCUGGAGUCCUGUCAUACUGAUGCUGCUGAUGCUAAACUGGAAGUUGUAGCAAAGCAAUUCUGCAACUUGUCACUCACUGAAAAGGUCCAUAUGUCUUAUGUUUUGGGGGUCACCCUUCUGCAUUACCUGGAUGUCUACAACUUCAUGUACAAGGUGCUUUUCCCGAAGGAACUGCAAUCUUCCUUGGAUAAGGUAUUAGCUCUUCUCAAGGAUUUGGAUCACAUCAAGAAACAGGUUGCAUCAGAUGUCAGCCCACUCUUGAAUGCAAUUCAUUCCCUUAAAAAACUGCAUCAGUCAAGAAAUGCACCACUGUCUAAGGCAUUGUUUCAAGCAAGUAACCUAACAAUGAACAGAGGGGCAUUUGAAACCAUUUCAAAAACUCUCUGCAACCAGGAAAUCACUCCUUUGUUUUUUGAGUCUCUGCUUCCAGAUUUUGAAGAGCAGAAUGUUCACCAUUCUUCUGUACAAGAUGAUCGUGUACAAUCUAUCAUGAAGAAAUAUGGUAUUCCACAAAAUGCCACACCAUUCUGCUUAGCAUUCUUUUUGGACUUGGUGAAGACACCUGCUGGAGCUUUAAUUUGGUCUUUCCUAAAGCCCAUGCUGUUUGGGAGGAUUCUGUAUACACCAGACACCCCUGAAACAAGAGCAAUCAUGGAAAAGUCUAAUUCAACACUGAAACUGAUGGCUGAUUUACUGGGAAAAUCCCAAGAGUGGCUGGACACUGCACCAUUGUUCAUGAAUUCAUUGACGAUGUUAAAUGAGACUAUUCCAGUAGCAAAGAAUGCAUUGCGGAAUCCCUUUGUGCAAGUGUUCAUCAAACUCAUGGUGAACCUGGAUGCUGUUGACCUUAUAAACCAAAUUGAUGAGCUGGAUGAUAUACGUUUGGAACUACAGAAUAAUGCUGACAUCAUAAAUCAACUUGGCACCUUAGCAGGACUAACAAUAAAUAUCUCCUCAUGUGUGUUGUUUGAUCGCAUUCAUCCAUUCAAGACUGUAGAGGAGCUGGAAACGGAGGCAAAAGAUUUAUUUUUGAAGAAUGAACUUCUUGGAAGUAUCCUUUUCAAGUUGCCCUCAGACUGGAAGAGGGAGGAGAGAGCAAUUCCUGGAGGUCUAUCCCUUCCACCACUAGUCAAUUAUACCAUCCGAAUGAGCAGCAAGAUGUCCCAAACAACAAAAAGAAUACGAGAAAAAAUCUGGACGGUGGGUCCACAUAACUCAGCCUCACAGAGCCAAAUCUACAGCCGAGCAUUUGUCUACAUCCAGGACAGCAUUGAUAGAGCAAUCAUUGAAUUACAGACUGGGAAAAGUGCAGAAGAAAUAGCUGUACAGGUUCAGGCUACACCCUACCCCUGCUACAAUAAAGACAUGUUCCUAACUAGCGUGACUUACUCUCUUCCAUUUACGUUGAUGGCCGCUUGGAUACUUUUCAUUGCAGCUUUUGUGAAGAAACUCGUUCAAGAAAAAGACCUGAGGCUUUAUGAGUACAUGAAGAUGAUGGGCGUCAAUUCCAGCAGCCACUUUUUCGCCUGGUUCAUCGAGUGUGCUACAUUUCUCCUAAUUACUAUCACAUUUCUCAUUAUUAUGCUCAAAGUUGGGAAUGUCCUUCCCAACAUAAAUGUUGUGAUCUUGUUCCUGUACCUCCUGGACUACAGCUUCUCGAUCAUAGCCAUGUGCUAUCUCAUCAGCGUCUUCUUCAACAACACCAACAUUGCUGCUUUAGUUGGGUGCCUCAUCUACAUCCUGACCUUUUUCCCUUUCAUCGUCCUGCUUGUCGUUGAGAAUCACUUGAGCUUCUCUGUGAAGAGUCUACUGAGCCUGUUGUCUCCAACUGCGUUCAGCUAUGGAAGCCAGUAUAUCGCCCGCUAUGAAGAACAGGGCAUUGGCCUGCAGUGGGAUAAUAUGUAUAAAUCGCCUAUGUCAGGAGACAACACAAAUUUUGGCUGGAUGUGCUGGCUAAUUCUGAUAGAUUCUUUUAUCUAUUUCAUUCUGGGAUGGUACAUUAGGAAUGUUUUUCCAGGCAAGUAUGGUAUGGCAGCUCCAUGGUAUUUUCCACUCCUUCCAUCUUAUUGGGCAGAACGCUAUGGUUAUAUCCCAUUGUGGAACGAGAAGAGGAAAAGCUUUUUUUUCACCAAUUUCUUCUUGAGAAAACAGCCCGCAUUCCCUGAAAAGAUGUAUGUUCAGAGUGCUCUGCCUUCUAACCUUGAACCUGAGCCUACUGACCUGAAAGUGGGAGUUUCUCUUCAUGGAAUAACAAAGAUCUAUGAAUCCAAAGCCGCUGUUCAGAAUCUCAACCUGAACUUUUAUGAAGGAAACAUAACUUCAUUGCUGGGUCACAAUGGAGCUGGAAAAACUACCACAAUAUCUAUUCUAACAGGUUUGUUCCCUGCUUCAUCUGGCACUAUAUUUGUUUAUGGCAAAGAUAUCAGAACCGACCAGGAUAUCAUCAGGAAAAACAUGGGAAUUUGCAUGCAGCACAAUGUAUUAUUUAGUUACCUCACUAUGAAGGAGCACCUGCUUUUAUAUGGAUACAUCAAGGUGCCUCACUGGAGCAAGCAGGAGUUACAUAACGAAGUUCAAAGGACUUUGAAGGAAACGGGAUUAUACAACCAUCGCCACAAACUGGCUGGCUCUUUAUCAGGAGGGAUGAAAAGAAAGCUGUCAAUAUCUAUUGCACUCCUUGGAGGGUCAAAAGUUGUGAUUUUGGAUGAACCGACUACUGGGGUCGAUCCAUGUUCAAGGAGAGGCAUUUGGGAGAUUAUAUCAAAAAACAGAAAAGGCAGGACAAUAAUUUUGUCUACCCAUCACUUGGAUGAGGCGGAGGUCUUGAGUGACAGGAUUGCGUUCUUGGAACAUGGAGGGCUCAAGUGCUGUGGGUCCCCAUUCUAUCUCAAAGAAACUUUUGGCAGUGGAUAUCACCUGACCCUCACUAAAAAAAAGAGUCCAACCCUAAACCUGGCAGAAGAAUGUGAUACCUCUGCAGUGACGGCCAUGAUUCAGUCUCAUCUUCCAGAAGCCUAUCUCAGGGAAGAUAUUGGGGGAGAGCUUGUAUAUGUACUUCCCCCAUUUAACAAUAAAGUCUCUUCAGCCCACCAAUCUCUUCUGAGAGGCCUGGACAGUGGCUUAAGUGACCUCAAUAUUGGCUGCUAUGGGAUUUCAGACAGCACUGUAGAAGAAGUGUUUCUCAAUUUGACCAAAGACCUGGCAAAAGAUGAACAAGGUGAUGCGGAGUUGUCCCAAGAGGCAGCCAGUUGCUCUCUGGAGAAUGAUGACUUCUUCACGAACUCCAAUAAUUUCAUGGAAAGAGAUGACCAAGCACUGGUGAGAAAUAGGAAGCCAAAAAGCUUUCCUCUCUUGCUGAGGAGGUCCACAGCCUUGUUCAUUAAGAGGUUCCACCAUACCCGGCGCAAUGUGAAAGGUUUUAUUGCUCAGGUUAUCCUCCCUGUUCUCUUUGUGACUGCUGCCAUGGGCCUUGGCACCCUGAGGACUAAGGUGGCAGAAUACCCGGCGCUCCACCUCUCCCAGUCUCUGUAUGGUUCCUCCAGCCAGGCAGACUUCUUUGGAAAUUAUAAUGAAACCACCGAUGGUUUGGUUGCUUCAAUGCUUGCUUUCCCUGGAGUAGAUAGCACAUGCCUGAAUAGAAGUAAUUUAGAAUGUUUCAAGGAAGAUGUGCCUGGUGACUGGCUGUUCAGUGGGAACCAGAGUGCUCAGUAUUCUGUCUGCAACUGCACAGACAACAGACAGACUUGUCCAAAACCUAACUUUACUCCACCUCACAAAAGGACUUUCUUCUCCCGGACAUUGUAUAACCUCACUGGGCAUGACGUAGAGACUUACCUUCUAGUUACUGCCAAAGACUUUGUGCAGAAGAGGUAUGGUGGUUGGAGUUUUGGGCUGCCUUUGACUAGUGAUCUACAGUUUGAUAUAAAGCCAGUACCUGCUAACAGAACAAUAACUAAGGUCUGGUAUAAUCCUGAAGGUUAUCACAGCCUCCCAGCCUACCUUAACAGCUUGAAUAACUUCAUUCUCCGUGCUAACUUGCCAAAGGAAAACUCUUCUGGAUACGGCAUUUCUGUUGUUGCUCAUCCUUAUCCUGGUGGGGAGAGUCAAGAACAAGCCAUGCUCAGUAGUUUACUGGAUAUCAUAGUCUCUAUGUCCAUCCUGAUUGGCUACUCCAUUACAACAGCCAGCUUUGUGCUUUAUGUGGUGAAGGAACAUCAAACCAAGGCAAAACAGCUGCAGCAUAUUUCAGGCAUGGGUGUGACCAGCUAUUGGGUGACCAACUUCAUUUACGACCUUGUGUACUUUCUGGUACCUGUUACACUCUCAGUUGGAGUAAUUUCAGCUUUUCAGAUACCAGCUUUCUUCAACAACAAUAACCUAUUGGCGGUAUUUCUACUUCUUCUCCUUUUCGGAUAUGCAACAUUUUCAUGGAUGUAUUUGCUGGCUGGAAUCUUCAAGGAAACGGGAAUGGCCUUUAUAGUUUAUGUCUGCAUCAAUCUGUUCUUUGGCAUCAAUACAAUCAUCACUCAUUCAGUUGUGUUUCUAAUUUCCCAAGAAAAGGCCACUGAUCAGGCCUUGCAUGAUCUUGCUGAAACACUAAGGCAUAUUUUUCUGAUGUUUCCACAAUUCUGUUUUGGAUAUGGGUUGAUCGAACUGUCACAGUAUCAAGCGCUAAUGGGUUUCUUAAAAGCAUAUGGAGUGAUUUACCCUGACAAAACAUUUGAGUUGGACAGGAUAAGUUCCAAGCUGCUCGGGAUGUUUGUCCAGGGGACUCUAUUCUUUUCAGUCCGCCUCUUGGUCGAUGAUGGGUCAAUUCAGAAAUUCUGGUAUAAUACGUUAGAAUUCUUGUUUAACAAAGUACAUGGCAAGCCACAACUCCAUCUGGAAGCCACUGAUGAGACAGAAGACAAAGAUGUCCAAGCAGAAAGACAGCGAGUCACAUUGGGCCUAACAGACUAUGACAUGCUCCAGCUCCAGAACCUCACCAAAAUCUACCAUCUUCCCCUCCGAAGGAUUGUGGCAGUAAAAAAUGUCACUCUUGGAAUCCCAGCAGGGGAGUGUUUUGGCUUGCUUGGUGUGAAUGGGGCUGGGAAAACCACCAUCUUCAAAAUGCUGACAGGCGACAUUGGGCCAUCUGCAGGACGGCUCCUGGUCCGAGAUGAAACUGGAUCCUUGAAUGAUGUUGGUGAUACACACUGGUCACUAUUUGGGUACUGUCCUCAAGAAGAUGCCCUAGAUGAUUUGCUGACAGUGGAAGAACAUAUGUACUAUUAUGCUCGACUACAUGGCAUCCCAGAGAAACAUAUUAAAGGGAUUGUGCUUCAGCUUCUUUAUCGACUUAACCUGAUGCCUUACAGACACAGAAUCACCUCUAUAUGCAGUUAUGGCACCAACAGAAAGUUAUCAACGGCUCUGGCCCUUCUUGGGAAACCAUCGAUUUUACUCCUGGAUGAACCAAGCUCUGGAAUGGAUCCUAAUGCUAAGAGACAUUUGUGGAAAAUCAUCACUGAGGAAGUACAGAACCAAUGUUCAGUGAUACUUACUUCUCACAGCAUGGAAGAAUGUGAGGCUCUCUGCACAAGACUGGCUAUCAUGGUAAAUGGACGUUUCCAGUGCAUGGGUUCACUGCAGCAUAUAAAGAGCAGAUUUGGAAAAGGAUUCACUGUGAAGAUGCAUUUGAAUAAUGAUACAGACAGCAUAGAGAAGCUGACACAAUUUUUGCAAUCAAACUUUCCAAAUACACAUCUAAAGGACCAUCAACUGAACAUGGUGGAAUAUCAUGUACCAGUGUCUGCAGGAGGUGUAGCAAACAUAUUUCAACUGCUGGAAGCAAACAAAGAAGUCUUCAAAAUCAGACACUUCUCAGUGAGUCAAACCACUCUAGAAGAGGUUUUCAUCAACUUCGCUAAAGCUCAAACUGGCCCUGAUAUUUCGGAUGCAAGCUCAGACGUAGGCUCAGAUAGCUCUGAUUUAAGCAGCCAAGAUUCAAAUGUAACUGUAGUGUACUAAGGUUUUAUUUUCUAAACAUAUUUUAUGUAUUGAUUUUGUAAUCUUGAACACUAGAACCUUGAAUGGAGGCACCUAUCCUUGUAUCAGAUUUGUCUGUUCCAUGUUUCUCUACAAUUGGCUUCUGUACUCAUGGUGAUCCAUCUACGCCAAGAAUGUAUGUACAUUUUCUUGUACAUGUGGCCUUGUGUGCUCGAUAACUUCCCUACCCCAAGCGGUCCCCAAGUACCAUAUUCACUGUUCCCUUCAUUUAGGGACAUAAGCUAAUGUUUUGCUGUGUAUAAGGAUUAUGUCAGUAUUAAAUAAAAUUAUUUAAAAUCCAAAGUAGUUAUCAGUUAAUUUCUAUGAUCUUUCUUUAGCCCCAGAUACAAAACACAGAGAAUUUCUUUAACAGCAGCCAAACUCUGCCUCAUAAUGGAAGUGCAGUAUGACAUUUUCUUGGAAUAUGAAACAGGAUUUGAUUGUCAGAUUUCACCAAAGAAGAAAUGUAAGUUUCCUAAGCAAUGGAAGGCUUUGGGCAGGGCUCCCAAAAGUGCAACUUCCUUCCAGGUCCUCCUGCUACAGUUCCCAUCCACAUCAUCGCAUUUCCUUGUCUUCUACCAUCUUUGUUCUUGCCAUGAUAUGAUUGAUUCUG